AGUUCAGUUUUGAAAGUCCGCGAGUGAAGUAGUGUGCAUGGCGCCCCUGUGCUUGUUUUAGAAGAUGACAGUGACCAACUUCGGCAUGAUGCGCCCUUGCUUCACAGGAUAUCCAUUUCAAGGCCAGGGCCGCGUGAACCAACUAGGCGGCGUGUUCAUAAACGGACGCCCGCUGCCCAACCACAUCCGGCUGAAGAUCGUUGAGAUGGCGGCGGCCGGCGUGCGACCGUGUGUCAUAUCACGUCAGCUGCGUGUGUCGCAUGGAUGCGUGUCCAAGAUCCUCAACCGCUACCAGGAGACGGGCAGCAUCCGACCCGGCAUCAUCGGCGGCAGCAAGCCUCGUGUGGCCACACCCGAGGUCGAGAAACGCAUCGAAGAGUACAAGGACGAGAACCCCAGCAUCUUCUCCUGGGAGAUCAGGGACAAAAGCGGUUUCUCCGAAAUGGAUCAGGAAAAUGGACUGUCCCUGCCCAACGAGAGAUUGAUCAAAGAGGGCCUCUGUGAUAGAGGUAGUGCUCCUUCUGUAAGUGCGAUCUCACGGCUACUAAGAGGCGAGGAACCAAGUCAGGACAAGAAAAUCAGUGAUGGCAAAACCAGCGAAGGUUCAGACUGCGAGUCAGAGCCAGGAAUUCCUCUGAAGAGGAAACAAAGACGAAGUCGAACGACUUUCACGGCGCAACAGCUCGACGAAUUGGAGCGGGCCUUCGAGAGGACUCAGUACCCGGACAUCUAUACUCGCGAGGAGCUUGCGCAAAGGACUAAGCUCACCGAGGCUCGGAUUCAGGUUUGGUUCAGUAACCGUAGAGCCAGACUGAGGAAGCAGCUACAAUCAAGCCCAAGCAGCAGCUAUGGCUCAGUGGGUUUGUCUAUGAGCUACCAGUCCAGUUCAGGAGCUACUCCCUACAUGCUGCCUCAGCCCAUUCCAGAACCUUCAUUCCCUGCAACUCCACAAGAGCACCCAGGCUCGCUGUACUCGCCGCAUCACCAGCAGAUGUCGUCGGCUUCGAUGGUGACUGAGCCACAUGACAGCCGGGGUGGUCACACAGGUCACGGCAGCCCUGGUGCAUUCAGCUAUGCCAGUGUGUCCACGCCCAGUCACUACACGACACCCACGUCGCUGCUCGCCACUUCUCAGAUGGGGAGCAUGAGCGGGUCAGCAAGCCACCAUCACCUUGGUAGCGUGUCUCCCACCCAGCUGUGUCCGUCGGGUGCUUAUCCAAUCAGUCCGGGAAGCGGAAUGCUCGCCUCUCAUCAGCUGCCUCCCACCCCGACCAGUCUCGCUCUCAUGGGCCCACCCUCCGGUAGUGAAACAAAAUCCCAAUUAUCGAUUGAAUCAGCCGAACCUGAAGUACAGGCACCAAUAAUCGGCAACAGCAGCAGCUCAGGCCAGGAGGCGAUGACUCCGUCUCACGACAUGGUGUCACUGAACAGUCCGAACAGUGGCUCGAACACAUGGGCCACUCUGCCUAUGACCUCCUCUCACUCGCACCACCAUCACCAGCUGCAGCGGGCGAGUCCUCCACCCAUGCUCGGCAAUCCUCUCAGUCCAUCCUCGGGCUACAACACGGGCUUCGUCACCGCGCCCCAAUCCCGCGGACAUCCGCAACAUUUCUACAGUUGGCCCUACUGACAUAGCACCGUCGUUGCGGCCUGAGGGCGUAGACACACUGGUGAUUUAGUUGCUACAACUCGGGUUUCGUUGCGGCUUAAGGGUGUGGACACAUCGGUGAUUUAGUUGCUGCAUGAGCGUUACAGAGUAAGAACGUGGCGCACCAGUGAUUUAGGUGCUUCAACUCGGGAUUCGUCACCGCGCUCCAAUCCCGGGCACAUCCGCUAAAUGUCUACAGUUGGCCCUACUGACAUAGCACUGUUGCGGCUUAAGGGCGUAGACACACUGUUGAUUCAGUUGCUUCAACGCGGCUUUCGUCACCGCGCCCCAAUCCCGGGCACAUCCGCAAAAUUUCUACAGUUGGCUUUACUGACAUAGCACCGUUGCGGCUCAAGAGCGUGGGCACACCAGUGAUUUAAUUGCCGCAGAAAAUUUGGUGAGGAAGGGUGGGGCACAUAAAUAUGAAACUUAUUUAGAGCAAAAAAAUUGGUGUAGAAUGAAAAACAAGCAUUUCCUAUGUACCUGUCAUACUGGCAACUGAGAUUGUUUUAUUUUGUACGGUGAAUGAAGUAAGACAUAAAUUAACUAAACAUAAAUAACUAAGACAUGUUCAUGUCGAGUUAAUAGACAUGUUUAUGUCUUAAUGUCUAAACUAUUAGACAUACAUAACUGAA